UGUGUCGGCCUCUCGGUUCCAUUUCCAGCCAGACGUUCAUCAAACAGCAAUGUUAAGCUCAUCCACAUGCUUUUGCUCAGGCCAUCAUCGUCCACUUCCCUGUAUCUUGGGUCUCCCUUCCCUCAGUCGAUUGUCAUUCUUCGGCCUGUCAAUUAUCAAUUCCAUGUAAGCAAAGGUAGCAGAUUCUUAAGCACUCAAGCUGGAAGAACAAGAAGAAAAAUGGGUAUCACCAAUUCCAACGGUGAGCAAACAUACGAUCGAACAACGGAAGUGAAGCAGUUCGACGAUUCCAAGAUCGGAGUUAAGGGCCUUGUUGACUCCGGCAUCACCUCCAUCCCUCGCUUCUUCGUUCAUCCACCCGAAACCCUCCCUUCUGUCUCUCCUACCCCCAAGUCUUUUUCUGAUGUAAUUCCUACUGUCGAUCUCUCCGGAAUCACUUCCAACCGUCGAAUAAUCAUCGUUGACCAGAUCAGAGAAGCCUCCCAUGAGCUGGGUUUCUUCCAGAUCAUCAACCACGGCAUCCCCUCUGGCGUCCUCAACCGCACGAUCGCCGCCGUCAAGGGCUUCAACGAGCAGCCGACGGAGGUCAAGUCCUGGUACUACGGCCGAGGUAUGAGUCGCGGCGUAGCAUUCUCUACUAACUUUGAUCUAUUUCAAUCCAAGGCAGCGAGUUGGAGGGACACGAUUCAGCUCAGGUUCGGUUCUGUCGCUCCCGACUACGACAGUAUACCGGAGAUUUGUCGCAAGGAGUUGAUUGAGUGGGACCAGCAUAUCACACGGUUGGGAGAGACGCUGAUGGAGAUCCUGUGUGAAGGUUUGGGGUUGGACGCCGGAAAGUUGAAAGAACUGAUGUGCUUGGACGAGAGGAUAGCGGUGGCCCACUACUAUCCUUACUGUCCCCAGCCUGAUCUGACGUACGGGAUUACGUCUCACACUGAUCCAGGAGCACUGACGGUGCUGGUGCAGAACGAGAUCGGUGGGUUGCAGGUAAAGCACGGUGAAGACUGGGUGGACGUCAAACCCAUCGCUGGUGCUCUCGUUAUCAACAUCGGAGAUCUUCUCCAGAUAAUAUCGAAUGAUGAGUACAGAAGCGUGGAGCAUCGAGUGCUGGCGAAUCCGUUCCCUGAGGCACGAGUCUCCAUUGCGAGUUUCUUCAAUCCAAGCAGGAGGGAAGACUUGUAUGGACCAUUGCCGGAGCUAGUAUCGGCGAAGAAACCGGCUCUCUACCGGCAGUUCACAUUCAACGAAUAUCUGAGAAGGUUUUUCUCAAAAGAGUUAGAUGGGAAAUCUUUGAUAAAUUACUUCAAAUUUUAAAUGUGUAAAGAAAGGUUUUAAAAAUCGACGAGGAAAUGAAACCGUUUUAGUUUCUGGGUUAGUGGUUCAAUCAUCCGAGUCGAACGGUUUAGAUGGUUUGUAUUAUUAGGGCAAAUAUUUCUUAUAUAAAAGUUUUAUAUGAGAAAGGAGAA